AUGAACUCCCGAGCCGCAGACCAGCUUGAACUAGACGGUUUGCCCGGAACACCCCCAGACUUUUAUCGAGAGCGACAGAGGUCGCGCGUUGAGCGGUACCAGUCGCCGGCCGGUGCCCCGCUGCAGUGUUCGGUGCAGGUGCAGACUACGCAAGAGCACCCGCUUUGGACGUCACACGUGUGGAGCGGGGCUCGCGCUCUUGCCGACACCUUGUGUUGGCAGCCCGAGCUGAUCGCGGGUAAGACCGUAUGUGAACUCGGUGCAGGAGCUGGCCUGGUCUCGAUUGUAGCGUUUCUAGCGGGUGCGGAUCAGGUUGUCGCGACCGACUACCCGGAUCCGGAAAUACUCAACAGCCUAGAAAGCAAUAUCCGAGAGCAUACGGCGAAUAGCUGCAGUUCUGAAACAGUCAAAAGAGCCAGCCCAAAGGUCGUACCAUAUCGCUGGGGCGAUUCGCCCGAUUCUCUUCAACGAUGUACUGGCUUGCAGCGUUUCCAAGUCGUAUUGCUAGCGGACCUGCUGAGCUUUCAUCAGGCGCACGAUGCACUCUUACGUAGCGUGAAGAUGCUCUUAGCGCUGCCGGCCAAUGAUCCCACCGCCGUCGCACUGGUGACAUUCACUCACCAUCGCCCGCACCUUGCGGAGCGCGAUCUUGCUUUUUUUCGCCUUGUGAACGCAGACGGAGCACUCAUCGCUGAACCGUGGCUGUCACCGCUGCAGAUGGAUCCGAUGUUCCCGGACGAUCCCGGGGAUGUCUGCAUCAGGGGUCAGGUGCACCGCUGGCGCCUGCGCUGGCGCUCUGCGGCGAGCGCAUCUGCUAAUAUCCCUGCUCAUGCACGGAAUGAGUGA